AUGAAACAUUCUUCGCGUUCGAACAAAGAUUAUUCUCCUUCUCGUCGCAGGCAUGAUAGUAGGGAUAGAAAUAAACGGGACAAAUAUCAGUCAAGUUCCCGUUCGAAAGAUUAUUCGUCGGAUAUUGCAAAAAUGAAAGACAAAAUGAGAACAGGAUUGGAAUCAGCAAGGAGUUAUCAAUAUGAACCAGAAACCAGCUCUUCAAAAGUAAAAAUAGAAGACGAAAUUGAUCAUGUGGAACGCGCUCGUAUCAUUCAGCAAAUUGAAGAAAAUGGAUUCCAGCCGGCCAACUUUAAAACAAGUUCAGGAUCUCGAAAGUAUGCUGAUAAAAAGAAGGAAAAAGAGUCAAAUUCUGAAACAAAUCACGAUGCAGCAAUGUUUGGUCCCGCAUGGAAAUCAAAAGAACAACUGAAAAAAAUUGAUAAAAAAAUCAAGGAAGAAGUGAAUUUAGACGACGUUGAACUUCCUGAAGCAAAUAUGAAGAAACUUUCAACAAAUGCUCCGAUGGUUCCCGAUCACGUAACUUAUGAUAUUUUAUUCAAAACCACCUUUUUCUAA